AGUCACGCUCGAGCGCCUCGGAAUAGAUCGGAGUGAGUCGACGCGGCCAUGGGCGUCGUAGCAGCUCCCGCCCCCGCGCUCGCCCCUCCUCCUCCUCCGACGCCGCUCCCCGCGCCGCGUCCCAAACCCCUAACCCUAGGAACGACCGCCGCGAGGAGAUCCCUCCUCUCGUCGUCCUCGGCCCUCCUCCUCUCCUCCGUCCUCCUCGGCCCGUCCUCCGCGGCGGCGGCGGCGGCGGCGCCAUCUCCUCCUCCUCCUCCUCCGCCCCUAGGGGGCUUCGUUGAGAUCCCGGGAUCCGGCGGAGUGAAGGCCCUCGAGCUACGCGCUGGUUCGGGGCAAACCCCUGUCGAUGGGGAUCAGGUUGCAAUACAUUAUUAUGGGAGGCUGGCUGCGAAACAAGGAUGGCGCUUUGACUCGACUUACGAGCACAAGGACGCGAUGGGCGAACCCGUUCCCUUUGUGUUUGUUGUUGGAUCGGGAAAAGUUAUAUCAGGAAUUGAGGAAGCAGUGAAGUCCAUGAGAGUAGGAGGUGUCCGUCGCGUGAUUAUUCCACCAUCGCAAGGGUAUCAGAACACAUCGCAGGAGCCGAUACCACCAAAUUUCUUUGAUCGGCAGAGGCUGUUUACCACUAUAUUCAACCCGACUCGCCUAGCGAAUGGAGAAGGUUCUACUCUUGGUACUCUCAUCUUUGACAUCGAACUUUUGAGUGUGAGAAGGCCAUGAUAAUUGCUGAAUGCUGAUGAAAGCUUGAUGAAGAAGCGGCUUCAUGUGCAUUUCCCGUCCUUUCAUUUUGAUGAAAUGUACAUGAGAUUUUACAUGAUUAGCCACUGAAAAGUGAACAGUGCAACUGUUGUGAAAAGUUAAAAAGCUGAACUGUUAGUUUUAUUCUUUUCUAUUUGUAAGGAUGUAAACAGCAAACUGUAAAUAGGAUACCAUUGAGUUUUACCCAAUCAUAUAAUUGUGUUCAGAUGAGAA